CAUUUGCAGUCGAAAUGGACCAGUGGACGGGUGUGCACCGGGCGUUCAUCAUACGCGCCUACUACAAGAGCAACGACUCCAUCAGCGCCGCCCAGAGGCUGUUCAAGAAACAGUUCAGCAUUUACCAGACACCGCCCACGAAUGUGAUCAAGUCCUGGCUGCGCACCUUCGAGGGCACCGGCUCCUCGCAGGCUGGCGGCGGCACUCGCUCCUCUCUUCCACAAAUCUUCUGCACCAUUUGCAAUAAUUGCCUGAGUAAUGAGAAAAACUUCAGCAGCUCCGUGAAGUGAAGGGGUCCCUUGGUUUUUUACUAGUAUUUGUGUACAUGUACGAGUAUCUCAUAAGUUAGCGUAGAUUAAUCGUGAAUAAACAUUUAUUUUUUUUGGCUAA